AUCAUCGGCCACCGUCGCCGCGUAGAGGACGAGGGCGAGGAUGACGGUCCCGAGUUUAUGGCAGAUCUGGAUGACGACUCCGUCACCGACGGCUCCAUCGCCAGCGACGAACACGACGCGGCCGAUGAUAGCGACACUAGCAACAUCGACGAUGCGUCACCCACGUCUCCCAACGCUCGAAAAUCAUUAGGCAACGGCAACGGCAACGCAAAGACUGGCUUUCGCCGCCGCGCUGAUGCCGCCUCGCCCAAAGGUCUGGCUGCGAAGCAGGGCCAGACCCCUAUAGCCGAUGCUGAGACCAUGCUCAACCGUCUGUCGCUUGCCGAGAAGGACGACAAGGCAGAAGAGAUGAAUUUUGAAGAUAUCAAACCGGCGCCGCCGGCUAAGGAUGCGGCCCCGAUCGUAGUGAGCUCGAGCUCUGCCGUGCAGCAACAGCCGCGAUUGCCCCAGCAGGAGUUAAAACGGCGGGAGCAUGAGGAGUAUAGGCGGAAGAGGGAGGAAGACCCAACUUUUGUCCCGAAUAGGGGCGCUUUCUUUUUGCACGAUCAUCGGCACGCCGGUCCCGCUGCCAAUGGCUUCCGGCCGUUCCCUCGGGGAGUCCGUGGCCGAGGGCGAGGAGCGUUUGGAAGCCACUUCGCCCCGAUCAGCCAAAUGCACGGGGUCCCGGACCCGACGACGAAUGGGGUGUGGAAACACGACAUGCACGAAGUAGUCGCAGAGCCGCAGCCGCCACGGCAGGCCCGCUAUCCCCAGAACAAUGAAGGCCCAGCCAACGGCAACGGCUUCAUUCCCACGGCAGCCACUAGCAAGACCAUUAUCAACCGAGCCAUGUCGACAGAAAAGCACAUUGGUAAUGCGACGAUCCGAGUGUUCAUCCCGCCCAUGAGCUCACCCAAGUUGUUCGCGGGUAUUGCGUUGAAGCAGUAUACGAAGCUGCCCGAUCACCGCCCGCCCCUACGCCGUGACAAGCCCGUUCGGAUUUCGCUGCCGUACCAUAGCCCGCCCAUCAUGCCCCGAUACAUCUUUCCCGCGAGUGACAGAUCCUUCAUCUUUAUUCCGCGAGCGCUUCGGCCUAACCAGCAACGGAGCCGGGGCAAGGGUCCUCGAUCAAUACUCGGCUCUGGAGCCUUCUCACGGGGUACGAGUGUUUGGAACGGGAGCGUCUAUGGGAGCAUCUACUCGCCCAGCAUUGCACUCAGUCGCCGGUCAUCGAUCGCCCCUGACAUUGGUCGCGAAUUCAUGCUCUCGCCGACGGGUUCCGCCAUUUCGCGGCCUCCUCUCCCGCUAGAUACUACCAGGCCCGUCGUCCGCCUGCCUCCGCUUGUUCAACCACCGGUAGCUACUAUACCGGGUCCCGUCAAGCCAAGCAUGUCCGAAAAGGCGGCACCUGCGGCCGAGACAUCUCUCAGCGAGCUGCCGCAACCGCAAACACAUCCUCUUCCACAAAAGCCCACUUUCCAAGAGAACCGACCAAACGCCAUUCCCAUGCAUCAACCCCGACCUCAAAAGACGGUUUCGAUCGAGAAUAUCGAGUCACCUGUUCAGCAGACCUCAAGCGGGCCCCCUCCAUACCAGCAAGCCUUCCAUCAUCAGGUUCCACCAAAUGUCCCCAGCAGCUUCACCCAGGAUUCACACGCCCGCAAUCCUUCUUACCAAUCUCAGUUAUCGUCUACACCUCUCUCACAGAUUCCUGAGCGCGCCAUCCAUGCCGCCCCUUUCCAACCCAACACUUAUGCUCAGCCGGGCUUUUAUGGCCAGCCAUACCCGGCUCCUACCAUGCAAGCCCCUCAGGGCUUCUAUUAUUCCCAGGCAUAUGGAACCAAUAUGCCACCAAAUGCAAACGCACCAGCCUUUGUCCCCGCCGCCCAGCAGGGACAGCCCGUCCCGUACGGCCAGCCGGCGCAGACGGAGGCAGCUCCCUCUCAAGGGCCCGGAGGACAAGCUCCGUCUUCCCAAAACCUGGUGGCCCAGGAGAUGAACGGUAUGGUCUACUACUACGAUCCCUCUCAACUGCCUCCAAUGGCGGGCUACCCCUCUUUCCCCGCGACCCAGCCGUACGCGCCGCCGCCGGGAAUGGUGGGCAUGGGCGCCAUGAUGGCGCCCAGCCCGGAUGCGGCUUUUUAUUACCAGCAGCCCGCACCGGGCAUGGUCUACUAUCCCCAGUAG